AUGCCAGUUAAUUGGGAUUUGACUAGAAAAGACGAGGAUGCUUUUGUGAGGGUACUGACCCCUUUAUCGCAGCCACACUCUUUUUGGACUGCAGUUUGCUCACAAAACGCAGCUGUUUCCACUGAUCUUCACAUCCAAAGAGUCGUCCCACGAACGGGGAGUGGAUCCGCCAUGAUGGAGGCAAAGCCCGCCUCUGGCGUGCCAUCGCAGGCCGGCAGCGAAUUAAACACUUCUGUGGGAGGCAUGUCUCAGUCUCAGUCACACCAACCGCUGGAACGACGUGUGGCCUGGUUGGAAGAGGAUGUUGCAGUGAUCCAUCGCCGAGUUAAACUGGAAUGUGGAGAGAUAGGAGGUGGCGGUGGUGGCGACUCGGCACUCCGGCAGUUGGUGUCACGUCUGGAUGGGGAACUGACGAAGGAAAAGAAAGCGCGGCAAAUGGUGGAGGCCCGGCUCGCCUCCUUAGAGGAAUCGGUGGCACGUGACCGGGUGGAGCGGGAGGCUACCUUGAAAAGCUUUUCCACUGAGUUGGAAGGAGUUAUGCGAGGUCUCAUCGGCCGCAUCGACGAAGGCCUGUCACAGGGCGCCGCCUCAAUGAAGGAGCGCACGGAUCAAACGGAAGUGCGAAUGCGACAUUUGAUCAAGCGUGUGGAUGAAGGCCUCUCUGCUGGAGCGGCUGCUUUGAAGGACACCCUCACCAACACUGGCGAAAAGCUGGGCAGCAUCUCCGAGACAAGGGAACAGCCACCGCCGCGAAGCACACGGCCUUCCGGAGAGCGUGGCGCCGCCUCGCGUGGGACCACCUCCCCCAUCACACAGCAACAGCAGCAGCAGUUAAUGCAGGUACGGGCAGCCCAGGCUCAGAUGGCUAGUCGCCAGCGUUCGCCUCAAAGUAGUCAGGCGCCCUCGCACUUUCGCUCGCCUGUGCAGACUCCCUCCUCGGCAUAUCCCUGUUCAUUACAGGUGCCUGGAAGCGGACUGAACAACAUGCACCAGGGUGGUCCUGUUCCACAUGUACCGCAGCCGCUGCCAGGUAUGCACGAUCCACGCCUGAUGCAACAGCGAGUGGCGAGCUUUCAUCAACAGCAUCAAGCUCACCAAGCGCAGCAAGUGCUGAAUCAUACGCGAUAA